CAAGCCUCUGUGGUAUCAAACCCAAGGCUCUGAAAUAAUCACACCCUCUGCAAAAAAACAAACAAACCAAAAGACAAAAAAAACCCAGCAGAAAGAGGGGUCAGGAAGUGACUUCAGACCAUCUCAACAGUCAGUUUGCAGCAGGUGUCACGUGCCAUUUCUUCCCCAAGACCUCCAUAGGACUACUUCAGAGAUGAUGGAAGGUGCAAAAACUCUUUGGCUGUUUCUCCUGCUCAACCACCUGCCACUCUGCCCUGUCGGUGCUGACGAAGUCCUUUCAACAACUCAAAUAUAUUCACAAGACUAUUCACAAGACCAAAGAAGCAGCCCCACACUUGCUGUGAGUACUACCCUCACAACAAGUGAAGACAAAAACUCCAUCAAUGGCACUCGUGGUGACUGCUUGGUUGACACUGAGAUGGGUCUGAUUGCUAUAAGUUCAGCUGGAGGUCUCAUUGUGUGCUUGCUGGCUGCUACUGUGGUACUGGCAUGCCAGGUCUGCAGCCUUCAGCGCCAGGUUUAUGGCCCUCGCACCUCACGGUCCAACAUGGACUUAGUAAGCAGUACAGGCUACUGGGGCACAGACCAACCAGAGAUUACAGGCCUGGUUGGACCAUAUGAUGCCAGUGUCAUGCUUGAGGAGGUGAAAGAAGACAAGACGGAGGAAGAGAGGCAGGCUGAAACAAAAGGGACAAUGGAGGACGAUGGGGCAGGACUCAAGGAAGGGGCAAUGGCAAUAGCGUUUGAUCCUGAGGACGAUCAAAGUCAUAUGCACAGCUCCAACUUCAAGGACUCCUGUUUGGAGAUUCCCAGGGAUUUAGAAGACAUGCCCCUUGUUGUGUAAGGAGGUAACCCUACUUCGGUAAAUCCAGUCACAUACACAACUAAUCAGUUUAGCUGAUUUAAAAUAUAUUAACUUGGCUUGUUUCAAUCAUAUCCUUUCCAACAGAGAUGCACCAAUUGUUAAAUCAUGGGCAAAUAUAAAAUAAAAUAAACGAAUUAUAUUAAUGGAUAUUUUUUUUAAUUUUUAUUUUGCUCUUUUUUUGGACAGAAAUAAAUAACUUGAAAGUCUUUCAAACACAUUUAUGAAACGGACACAAGGGAAGAAAAAGUAUAAUAGAGUGGUGACUGUUUUCUUAUUUGCUGAAGGCAGUCAACAAAGUGAGAAUGGAAAUUUGGUUAAUAAACUGAUAAUUUUGUUGUUGCAUCACUAUUUCUGUUUAUUUUCAUCUUGUUAAAUGUAGGGCAUCAUAUACAAUUUACUACAUUAGUGCUGACAGAAUAAAGAGCUUUGGGUGCACACACCAAAAAGCAUAGUUUUUGCUUAGAUAAGGAUAUCUUUAACAUGUUACAUAGUUGUAUGUCUCGUAGUAAAUCUUUAAAGCCUGGUCCUGAGUGUUCAAUUAAAACAGAAAGAAAGAACGAAAGAAAGAAAUCAUAACUUUUAAACACAUAACAUAGCACAGUCCAUAUUUGUUGUGCGCAUGAUUUGCAUUAGUAACAUAACAUAGCAUAAUAACUUACAUAAUGAACAAAAAGCAGAUCAACAUACAUUCACAGUUUUGAAGAGAUAACGGGCUAAAUUGAUAAUAGAAAUGCUGGAAACUUAACUCUGAAUCUGUUUCAGCUAUGUAAUCUUUUAAAUGAAUUUUCAACAAUUUAAUUAUUGGUUAUAACUUAAAUACUUGUAAUAUUUGCCAGUUUUUAAAUAAAUUGACCUUUGUAUUGGUGUCAGUGUUUCAUGAGUCA